AUGUCUUGCGUAGAUUCGGCAGCGGGUCGAUCUGCCACACCCUCACCAUCUCCCGUGCUUGUCGCUGAUUGGGAAAUGCCGCAGCCAUAUUCCCCAUGUGAGCCAGUGUCGCUGCACGUACGUCAUCCUGGUCGGCUGUCACCACCUUGGAAAGCGGAUGCAAAAGGUACGAAACCUCAUGAAUGA